UCACACACAAGACCCUAAUUUCUCUCUCUCUCUCUCUCUCUCUCUCUCUCUCUCUCUCUCUCUCAUCCGCAUUUGCUCUCGGUGUCACCCCCGACAAAGGAGAUCUGAUUUUUGUUGUUCGUCUCACGGGCCUCGGCAACGGCAACAGCAACAACAACAACAACGGCAGUGAGUCACCGGAUUCAGGUGUUUUCAUUUUAGUGAUACUGGUGAGUUGAGCAUACUCUGCCCAGUUCUCAGCUUUAAAGCAUGGAUCCGGAGGCUGCACGAACUGCUCGAGAAUCUCUUGACCUGGCGUUCCAUAUGUCCAAUAUACUUGAUACUGGUCUAGACCGUCACACACUUUCUGUUCUUAUAGCACUUUGUGAUCUUGGAGUCAAUCCUGAAGCACUUGCUGCUGUUGUCAAGGAACUAAGAAAAGAGAAACCCUCUCUAUCAUCAUCACUUCCUGCAGCUCCUUCUUCUUUGCCAUAAAUAAAUGGAUUUUUUUUUUUAUUAUAUGCCAUUCUGUUUAUGCUGGCUGAAGUUUUUUUAUAAUCCAUCCUGUUUAUCUGUUCUUGAUCUGGUUCAUUGAAUUUCUGUGUGCUUUGAUUGUUCUUUUGCAUGUUCUUCAUUAGAUGUAUAGUGGCAUUGUUAUAGCACAAAACUGAUAUGUUGCAAUUAGGAACUCUAUUUGAAGGCUUAUCUUUGAGUAAAUUUUCUCAUGGCUAAAAUAGUUGAGUUACAUUCUUGCACAGAGCUCUAA